AUGAUCCCCGCGGAGGGGCUGCAGCCGCCGGAGCCGCAGUUGCCGCCUGUCACGUUCAAGGCCAAGUCGGCACGCGGCCUCGCGAUGAUGCACGGCGCGGACCACUUCUCGCCCGUAACGCUGGACGCAAAGACGCUGAUACGGAAGGUCUUCAAGGAGGCACCGAGCAACGGGGCGGAGCGGCGCGACUGCCGGCGGGAGCUGCAGCCAGUGGAGCUACUGCGCAUCGCUGCGCCCAUCAAAGUACUUGAAUACCAGCGGGUCACAGUCGGCUCCACUUCAACCAAGACGUUCUUUCUGUACAAUGGAACCUCCGCGUCGGUGCUGGCGGCGAUGCCGACGGAGGAGGCGCAUUUGUCCUUCGCGCCCACCUCACAGGUCAUUCCGUCCGGUCGCGCCGCCGCCUUCGACGUGAGCUUCUACAGCUCGGCAGUUCAGACAUACCAGCAGGUGGUGCAGAUGACCAUCAACGGGCGCCAUAUGCUACGCUUCACGCUGCAGGCUGACGUGGUGCCAGUGGAGGUCUCCCUCUCGCGCGACGACGUCGUGCUGCACUUCGCCGACUUUAGUGACGAUCCCGUGGCACGUGCGUCUGUUGUGCUCUCCAACCACGGCAAUAGCGAGGCGGCGUACACGUGGGAGCUGGGAGGCGGUGGCAGUGGGGGCGGCCCGUUCACCAUUACACCAAUGUCCGGGUCGAUUCCUUCAAUGAGUAAAGUGACGGCGCAGGUGACGUUUAGCCCAUCGCAGAGCAUACUCCACGCGGAGUCGAGGGCGGAGCUGCACGUGAAGGGUGCAACAGCGGUGAAGGUGCUCAACCUGAAGGGUGUCGUCGCCCCCACGUCGUGCGUGUGGGUCGGCAGUACACCAACAUCAUCAGUGGGUGAGCACGUUGUGGAGUUGCGACAGGUGCCUGCUGGCCUGCCGACAGCCACCACCGCCACGCUGUACAACAGGGGCCGUCAUAGCGCCUUUUUCUCCUUCGAGUCACUGCCGGAGUGGCUGACAGUAACCCCGAUGGUUGGCCGCGUGGGGGCUGGCGAGUCGGAGGAUAUCACCCUCACCGUGCAUCACGACACGCCGGGUGUGCUGCACACAGUCUUGCAGUGCUGCGUGCGCGGCAUGAAGCGGCCGAUGAAGCUGCGUCUCACCGCAGAGGUGUGCAUUGCCCCGCUCAGCAUUCUCGACUCGGAGCGGCAAAACGGAGCAGUGCUGCUGGCGUUCGAAACCGUGUACAUUGGCACCGAGAAGGCACUCCCGGUGCGAUUUAGCAACAGCGGCGAUGUGGCGGCUGUCAUCCUCGUUGACUUGCGUCACCACGUAGAGUACACACUGCGCUGCCCUGACGACGGCGCAGCGUCACUGGAGUGGCGGGGGCACAGCGAGCCGGUGCCAGGCGUUGUGUUCGUCACUAUCUCGCCGCGUAGCGAGGCGACCGUGCUGGUCGUGUACACGCCCACCACCACCACGGGCGAUGAGCGCUUCUUUGUCAAGUGGCGGCACGUCGGCGCGGAUGAGAUGAAUCCGCUGCUGCCACUCACUGUUCUUGGGCGGGCGAUGCUGUCGAAGGUGGUGGUCAAGCGGCAGCAGCUGGAGUUCCCCCGCACUGUCGUCAACACACCCGCGGUGCCCUUGUCGCUCACCAUCGAGAACACCUCCGCGGAAGAGGUGAAGUGGGAGUUGCUGCUGAGCCACGGCAUCAACAGCAUCAGCAACAGAAACAGCGCCUGCGGCGGUGUCCAAGAUGACAAUGACGACGACAAGAAGAAUAAGGACGCCAGCAAGGAUGGAGUGUUCCACAUGAGCCCUGACAGCGGCACGUUGGCGCCGCACACCAGCCAACUGGUGCAUGUAACGUUCAUGCCGAUCACUAUCGGCCACCGGCAGGAGCGCUACUGCGUGUACCUCGACGGUGACAAGCGUCGCCCGUGCGCCGAGGUGCAUGUAUCGGGCUUCGCUGCUCUGCCACGCAUCGUCUGCGACCGAAAUGAACUCAUCUUCCCCGCCAUCCCCCUAAACGUUUCGGUGCAGGAGACAAUGUACAUUGCAAACGACGGCUUCGACUCCAUCGAGGUGCGCUACAAAAGCAAAGAGUCUGGCCCACUCAACGUUACAUUCCCCCGCGGAGCUAUCGCCAUGGCCUCCUCCUGCAUUCCUGUGUGCGUGGAGUUCUGCUGCCCGAAACCGGUGUCAUUUGUGUCAUCCAUCACCUUCACAUCGGACAAGGGUGAAACACUCACGAUUCCUGUCACUGGCACCGCCGUCAACUCGUUUCUCACCGUCGCCCCGUAUGUGAUGUAUCAGCGUGGCCGCUCCCACUUCGGUGCUGCUCUUCCUCCAGUGAAGGAGGGGAAGAGUGAAGGUGAGGAAGGGGAGGAGGAGUGGACUCAGUCACUCAUGUACUACGAUGACGCCCCCGCAUUUACAAUGACCACCUCCAUCAAUGUCGCUACGCCUAGUUCUACCUUGCGAAGGAAUGGGGUGUCUCCAGACUUUCACGAACAGAACUUACCCCCUACGACCGGCCCCUUCGGUUUCGUGGACGUUGUUGGGCGAGAGAUGUACACCCGGCAAGACAUUGAGAAUCUCCGGCAGUGGUUGAAUCACAACAUACUUUUAGAGCCCGCCACAGACCUCGUGGGCCUACUACAAUCAACGGAUGGCCGCCCGCUGCUCGAUGCAGCGUACCGGCUAAGCGGGAGGCGGCCAAAGCGGGUGAGCCGACCGAGCGCGAGGGGUCGGUCGCUCGCAGCGCUCGAGACGCUGACAUCACUGAUCAAGUCAAAAGGGGGAUGUCUGAGUGACGUGCGGCUACCGUACCUGAUGAUGUAUGACACGUACUGCCGGCACCAAGAGAGCUGCGGCAUGGAGGCAAUAACACAGGCCGCAUUCGCGGUGCGUGCGGUCCACGCCUGGGUGACGGUCGUGCUGCAGCUCAUCCGUGCCUUCUACCUCCCCAAGGUGGACGUGGCCGCCGCGCUGCAGGCUUACCCCGCGAUGAAGACGUACGUGCCGCAGACGCAGUGGGAAUCCGCGCCGUUCCAGGCCGCGCUCCACAGCAGCAACGUGUUCAGUUCGGAGGAGGCCACACUGCUGCAUUGGGUGGCGCACAACCUGAGCAGGUGCGUCGAGGAGGGCGUAGUAAAGGGGCCGCGGCGCAGCAUCUGCAGGUUCGACGAUCUGCGCGACAGCGUCGGUAUGGUGGCCUGCAUUCUAGCGUAUGUGCCGUCGGCGGCCACACGUCUGUCGCUGGAGCGCCUUGUCCCGGAGCCUGCGACACAGUCAGAGAUGGAGAACAACGCAGUGGUGCUGGCGGGGGCACUGGCAUACGUUGGUGUCCCGCUACGCGCAACACCGCGCGAGAUGCUUAUGUACAACACGGUUGACUGGAUGCUGUUGAGCGCGACGCUCUUUCUCUACCUGCCACGCUUUAUCCCGACAACCGUCAUCUCGCUGGAAGGGAAGCUGCUCGCGCCCAUGACGCGGGCGGUGGAGGUGGCGAACACAUCGGCCACAGCGCGCAGUUACACAGUGGAGAUGAGCAACACGGCGUUCCGCGCGCUGCCCCAGGAACUUAGCGUCGACCCCGCCGCGGCGGCACACAUCGAUGUGGAGGUGACGCUGCGUUUCAACCGCCGCAUGGAAGGCGAGUGCGUACUCGUCGACACCUCCGCGAGCCUCAUGGAGGAGCGCGCACCCAUCGUCCUGCGCCUCGUCGCGGUGCCGAACAACGAGCCGCUGCGCGUCAUCCAUGUGCAGACGCCGCUCUACACGAUCCUCAACCAUGAGAUCCAAGUGGAGAGCCCAUUCGCGCAGAACUGCGUCGCUACGUUGCGCCUCUCGCAGGACUACACAAACGACGCCAACUAUAGCGAGGGUGACUUCGGUAAGUCACUGCAGAGUGCUUUCUACAUCUCUGCCGGUAUCGUGCCGUUUCGCAGCGGCGAGGUGACAAAGCUGUCGAUGCAGUUCGCUCCAUGCGCCCGCGGUAGGUACGAGGCCAGCAUCACAUUUCACGACGAGCAGCAGGGCGAGUUCUCGUACCUCGUCAUCGGCACCUGCACGCCUCCUAAGCAGUCGGACAAGGCCACCACCCGCGCAGAGGCAGGGGAGGAGUGCACACACACGGUACUUCUGAAGCCGAGCAACGCCCCAUUUGAGCGUAUGAUGCGCUCGCUCGAAGACAAUCGCCGCUCCCGUACGCCACGCCCCACGAAAGGGCCGCUUAUGCCGGAACUAACAGGUGUGCCCUACACCGUCACCUUCGUUAAUGAGGCGAACAUAGGCCCGAACCCAUUCUUCCGAGGUCCUGAGAGCAUUACAUUUGCCACGGGGGAGUCAAUGUUUCCACUGACGUUCUCCUUUCUCCCCAAGUACCUUGGUGAGUAUAGCGGUUUUAUCGUUCUUGCCUCCAAGUACGACGUGCGCACCAUUCAUAUCCUCGGUAAGUGUGUGCCUACCGGUGACAAGGGUAUCCUGCGAUUCGCCUGCCCAGCGCGGCAGUGCAUUACGCAGGGCGUGCCGAUCUUUAACAACAGCAAUGAGAACUGGCUGGUCACGGCGACAGUGGAGGGGGCGGGCUUUGGCGGCCCCAAGGAGCUGCGCGUGCCGCGUGGGAAGCACCGCGACUACCCGCUGCGCUAUAACCCCGCGUGGGUUUCCUCUGAGAAGGGAAACUUGACACUCUUCAACAACGAGACGGGGGAGCGGCGCAUUUACGCGCUCCUCGGCGAGGCGGAGGAACCCUUGUCAGAGGACACCAUCGUUGUGGAGUGCCGCGCCCGUGAGCGACGCACUGAGACGCUGACGGUGCCUGACAUCAACGGCGCCGAUGCGAUGUACAACGUCGAGACGGACCUGCCCUUCGCCAGUGGAGAGUCAUCGGUACUGGUGCGACGCGGCGCCACUGCUAAGUAUGCGUUGGUGCUGCAGCCGAUGAUGGGUGGGACGUACGCCGGAACUGUCGUGUGCCGCGCGCCUAACGGCCGCUACACGUGGUACGCCGUAACGGUGGUCGUCAGCCCCCCUGAGAAGGAGGGCACGGUGGAGAUCAAGACCGACGCGCGCACUCCUGUUACGGCCGAUGUGACGAUACAGAACCCAACCGACAAGCCGAUCGUCUUCGCCGUGCAGCGCUUUGGCAGCGGCCUCUUCGGGGAGAACUCCCUCGUCGUCGAGGCGGGAGCCCCUGCAGUAUACUCGCUGCUGUUCGUCCCGUCUCACCUCGGCACAUUUGACGGGCGCCUCGCCUUCUGCAGCAACGAAGUGGGUGAGUUCUGGUACGAACUGCGCAUCCUCGUCGAGGAGGCUGCGCCGGAGGAGAUUACAUUCGAGAGCGAGAUUGGCGUCCCUGAGGUGGUGCAGGUGCGCAUCCCCAACAACACUUCGGUUGAGCGCUCGCUGUAUGUCUCUAACACGAAUCCCCGCAACUUUGCGACGGCGCCAAGCCUCCUUACGAUACCUCCCUACUCAGAGUUAACGGUUGACAUUGUGUACACACCAACCGCGGUGAAUAAGCCACAAGAGGCGACGUUGAAGCUGUACAACCCCGACCUCGGCGAGUGGCGUUACGUCUGCCGUGGCGUCGGCCAUCAACCGGCGACCAGUGCGCCGGUAGAGUGCGUCUGUGAGGUUGGUGGAAACGUCUCAGUGACGCUCAAGAUUAAGAAUCCAUUUGAGGUACCAAUGAUCCCUGUCGCGAAGCUCGAGUGUGGAAGCGAGGGCUACUACAAGUUGGGGCCUCUGCAGCAGCAGCAGCAGCAGGCAAUGGCACCAGGGACGGAGUCGUCCAUCUCGCUGACCUACGCACCCAAGUCUGUCGGCAAUCAUCUAGCCACUGUUCGUGUGUGUCCGGCGUCAACGACUGCGGAGGGUCUUCAGGACAUCACGUGGGAGUUCCCGCUGCGAGGUGUUGCAGAGUGGCGGAGCAGUGAUGCCUCGCUGCGGUUCCGCUGUGUGGCGCGCCGCCAGGUGGAGGAUUCCAUCACGUUGGAGGCGCCGGGGCUGACAGUGGAGGAGCAGAAGCGGGUCUCUGUUGGGCUGGCACUCGAUCGCCAGCAGCAGUACCCCAGCGCCGUGCAAGCGAGUUUUCAAAGCGAGGUGGUACUAAGUGAGGAGAGAGGGGACGCCCUCACGGUGAACAUACGCUUUGCGCCUUUGCGUCCCUUCAUUGCCACCGCGGAUCUUGUCGUGCGCUGUGAGAAGAGCGCGGUGUGGCGUUACCCCAUCAUCCUCGAUGCUGUGCGUGCGGAGCCCGACGAUGUGCUGGUUGUGAAGGCAGCCUUGCGCUCUGCAUCGGCCGUCACCUUUGACAUGUACAAUGCAUUUCCCCACAGCUCUCCGUUCAGUGCGUAUUUCACCCCUGAGAGUUCCCGUGAUUUGUCGGUGACGGUGGCGCGCGGUGUGCUGCGUCCGUUUAUUGUUGGGCAGAAGAACCCGGCCGCUGCGACGCCGCUGCAGGUGGUGUUCACCCCGUCUGCGCGUGUGCCGCAGGUGGAGGGGACUCUCAUCGUCGACACGGAGGAGAUGCAGUGGUCCUUUAGGGUCGUGGGAAAACUCGAGAGCAAAUCCGCGCACUAA